UUUCUUACAAUAUGUUUUGCUUUAAGUCUCAUGCAGUUACGACUGGGAGAGUUUGCAGCUGAUAAACUGGAUUUAAUUGAAGACACAAAAGGAAAUGCGGGUAUUGGGUACAACAACAUCAUUGCAGUGAAUUCUAAAACUAUCUACAUCUUACAAGGAAAACACACGCAAGCUCUAUACAUUUUAGCUUCUUUUCGAAAUUGUAGAUAUGAAUUUAUAUUUACAAAUCAAGAUUCAAAAAGUACAAGACAUUAUACAUCAGUUAUUGGUAUAUACAGAGCUUACACUUCAUCGAGGAUUUAUAGAGAAAUCAAGUUAAGAAGUGGCAUAAUUAAUGAAAAACAAUUAACUUUACUGCCACAAGAAACUGUUCAUUCAACUCUCCAAGAUAUUUGGAAUUUAUCUUUAGAACAGGGAAAUAUUGGUACUUUCAUUGUAACAAAUAUACGUUUAGUAUGGUUUGCUGAUAUGAAUGAUCAGUUCAACGUAUCAAUUCCAUAUUUGGUAAUAGCAAAUAUUACCAUUAAAAAUUCAAAGUUUGGUCCAACUUUAGUUAUUGUGAGUACAGAAUCUAGUGGAGGCUAUAUUUUAGGCUUUCGAGUUAGUCCCCCUGAAAAACUUCAUAUUCUAUAUAAAGAAGUUUCAACGUUGUUUAAAACGUUUGAAAAAUGUCCAACUUUCGGCGUAGAUUAUACAUUUGAGCAUCAGGCACCUGUACAACGGGAAGUACACGUAGAACAGUAUUCUGAACAAGAAGACAGUCAAAUAGAUCAUUUAAACGUGUUUGGUUAUUACUUUUCCGAAGGAGUACAUAAAAGAAAACCUAAUGUUUCAGAUUAUUUAGGCCUUGCUGCAGAGAAACCAACAGAAAUCAGUACACUACAGAAUAUAUGGGAACUUAUGCCUCAAAAUUAG